AUGGAUGCUAUUGUUACAAAAAUGGAGGAAACUUUAGAAAGAAAGAAAUCAAUAGCUAAUAUUGUCGAAAAGAGAACAAUGGUAAUUGACUAUAUAAGAAGAAUUCAUGAAGCAGCAUAUUAUGGUAAUUCAGGUUUUUCAUCAACACCAUCAUCAUUAUCAAUAUCCGAAAAAGAAAAAACAAAUAAUAGUAAUAACAAUAGCAAUAAUAAUAUAGCAAAUAAUACAAAUACAAAUAAUACAUUAACAACUACAGCAACUAAUAAUACAAGUGGGUUAUCUACAUCAUCAUCAGCAUCAUCCAUUUCAUCAUUAAAUACAAGUAACAGUGGUAAUAAUUUAAAUAAACUAUAUCAACAAGAAUCAGGAGGAUUAUCUCCAUCACCACCACAAUCACAAUCCAAUAUAUCAUGUUCAUCACCACCAGUAACCCCAUUUCAAUUAUUUCCAAAUCAUAAUAUGCAUUGGAUGAAUGUUACAAUGGUCCAAAGACAAGAUUUUGAAAAAUCACAAGAAAUUCAAAAGAGACUGUUAGGUUGGUUUUGUUUAGGUUUUAGUUUAGCACCAUUAAUUGCAACUGAUAAAGGACCAGCUUAUAUACGUUCAUUAGUUCAAUUGAUGGAGGAGUACGAUUAUCAUUUCGAAUUGGGUUCAGCCAUGCAAGGUGUCAAAGUAUUAUUAUCAAAAAAGCAACAAUCACACACUGUUGUCAACGAAAAUGAACAUAUCAAAUCAAAGAUCGUAAAGAUUGGCACCACUGUUGUUUACGAGUUUUUAAAGAUCUUUAAUAUCAGUAUAGCAAAGGAUUUAGAUUACUUCCAAGUUGUUUUUUCUCUUUUAGAAAUUUUAGAACAAAUUUACAGAAAAAUCGACAAGGAAACCUGCUCCUCAAAAUAUGUUUACGAAGCACUCUUAAAAGUAGAUAGUCGUUUAAAGCAUAACGUUUUUGGUUUCCUCUCUAAAGAAAUUGAUAAAAUGUCAAUGAACAUCAUCAAAGAACAAUUGGAUUUCACUUUAUUAUCCACAUCAAUCAAAGAUAAAGAUAUUCAACAACAUUUAAAUAUACAAUCAAAACUAGCAAAUAGUUUAAAUACUUCAACAUCCGGUAUUUCAAAAGAUAAUGGUUCUUUUGAUUAA